AUGGCAAAAGGAAGAUCUCGGCAAAAUAUAGGAUCUUGUGCAAUUUGUGGUUGUAAAAACACUUCUGAAACAUUUCGAAAACUUACUGAAAAGUCACUUAAAAUAACCAAUAAUAGCCCUAAUAGUGAUUUAAUUAUAGAAGCUCUUAAAGUUGGUGAUGAGCUUUGUCAAAAACAUUAUAAUAAUUUAGUAGCUUUUGAACGAGGUCAAGUUAACAGAAAAAGGAAAACCCACAAUGAUUUAUCAUAUAAUCUAAAUACAGCUCAACAGUCUAAAAUUCAUAAACAACAAUUAUUGUUACAUCAAGUUGGAGAAAUUGGUAAAUUAGAUCCAAUUACAAAAUUGAAGCCUUAUAAUUCAUUAAGUAAAACUGCGCAAAGAAAUUGUAGCAAGAAAGGUGCAUUACUGUUUCAAGAUUCAGUUAAUGAAACAAUUCCUAUUGCAUUUCAUUCUAAUGAUAAAUUAAUUUUACAUGAGACGGCUUUUUCAAUUAACAAUAACCACUAUCGAUUCGUUUAUAAAAACAAUGAAAAUCAGCAAUUUAAUAAUAGUGAUAAAUCUUUCCUUCAAAUGAUUGUUUGUGCUACAGACUGGGAGAGAAUAUCACGGGCAGCAUAUAGAGAAUUGGCAGCCAUUUGUCAAAAUCUUCCGCGAGAAUGUGCUGUAGCAAAUAUGCGACAACAAAUUAACAAAGAAAUGAAUAAAUGUAUAUCAACAACUAUUUUUAAUCUUGAAUAUACAGAAAACAACAUUGUUGAUAGAUGCAAAGUCAAUCAUGUCAUGUUUACUUUUGCUAUCCUAAAUGAUUUAGAAAAUAUAAAUAAACCCGGCAGUCACCAUUUAUUAAUACUUUAUUCAGGAGUAGAAAAAUAUGACACUUUACAAAUAGCACUUGAGUUUUUGGCAAAAGAUCUCGAAGAUAUCAAAGAUG